AUGGUCGAAAGGCUGACGCCCCUGUUGAAGAAGGACACGAAGAUGUGGCUUGCACAAGAGGUGGGACUCAAGUUGGCGGUCACUCUCCGCCACCUGGCAAGUGGGAACGACUAUACAAGCCUGCAAUACAGCUUCAGAGUCUCCAAGAGCUCCAUAUGCCGAUUUAUCCCAUUAGUCUGCCAAGCCAUUAUUGACCCAUACAAACCAGAAGUGAUGAAGUGCCCCAAGACACCAGAAGAAUGGAAUGACAUAGCAAAACGAUUCGCCUCCAAGUGGAACUACUUCAAUUGUGUGGGAGCCCUGGAUGGGAAGCACAUCGCGAUCAAGAAACCCAAAGGUGGAGUAUCACUGUAUUUCAAUUACAAGAAGUUUCACAGCAUCGUCCCCAUGGCCCUCUCCGAUGCAAAGUACAAGUUCCUUUUCGCCGACAUCGGUGCAGAAGGAGGUGCUGGGGAUGGAGGAACCUGGCAGAAGUGCAACCUGGCCAGGGCCAUCACAAACAACCGAGCAGGAGUCCCACAAUACAGAAAUCUGCCCAAUGACGACGAACCCAUCCCCUUCCACAUAGUCGCUGACGAUGCCUUUGCUCUCAAUCCGUGGCUGAUGAAGCCCUACUCCCACCAAUCACAAGAUCCCACCGAACGAAUAUGCAGCUACAGAUUAUCUCGCACUUGUCGAGUGGUGGAAAACUCAUUCGGCCUGUUGCAUAUGAAAUGGCGAGUCUCCGGGAUGACAAUGCAACAGGAUGAACAGGUGUGCAAAAAGAUAACUUUGUACGCAUGUGUCAUGCACAACCUGGCACUGCAACGCGACCCACUUGCUGGCACCGAUGUCGACUAUGAGGACCAAUACCAUAACGUUGUAGCAGGUACUUGGAGGGAGGAGUCUCUGAACCUCAUGAAACGACUCAUGGCAAGAAGGGGGCCAAACUACACACGUCGAGCGAAGGCUGUCAGAGAUUACCUGGCCCAGUACUACUCAUCGGAUGCAGGCACAGUGGAAUGGCAAGAGCGAAAAGGUGUUUCCUCGAGGACGACCAGCUACUGA